AUUUUAUUUUUUCCGAUAAAGAGAAUAUAUUAAUAUCGCGAAGAUACCAGUUAAUUUAUUUAUUUACCCAGCAGGAGCUCCAUCUUCUCCAGAUAGGAAACGGCAACUGAUUAUCGGCCUGGGUGCGGCUGCCGGUUCAGUCUUGUCCUUGAUCGGCCUGGGCACCUGGGUAUGGCUCUUCAUGCACCGGCCGAAGAAAAGACUGGACGAGAUGGGAAUGGACUUGUCCAAUGAUGUGGCGGUGGAAGACGAGCUCAGGAAAGGAACAGGACCCAAGCAGUUUCGUUACAAGAAGCUGGCAACUGCCACAGGUAAUUUCGCAGACGGCAGAAAGCUCGGGGAAGGAGGUUUCGGUUCAGUAUACAAAGGAUUUUUCAAGGACUUGAACCUUGAUGUGGCGAUAAAAAGAGUAUCCAAGAGCUCAAAACAGGGGAUGAAGGAGUAUAUCUCGGAGCUGAGGACCAUAAGCCGGCUUCGGCACCGCAAUCUCGUGCAACUCAUUGGCUGGUGCCAUGGUGGCGGCGAGCUCCUUCUGGUCUAUGAGCUGAUGCCCGGUGGCAGUCUCAACACUCACCUUUACAAUACAUCGGAUGUGCUGACAUGGCCGAUCAGGCAUGGGAUUGUGCUGGGGAUCAGCUCAGCGAUCAUGUACUUGCACCAAGGCUGGGAGCAAUGUGUGUUGCACAGGGACAUCAAGCCGAGCAACAUCAUGCUGGACACCUGCUUCAGCGCAAAGCUUGGCGACUUCGGGCUCGCAAGGCUCGUUGACCAUAGCCAUGGGUCGUACACGACGGAGCUUGCCGGCACAAUGGGGUAUAUGGACCCGGACUGCAUGGUGACUGGCAGGGCCACCGCUGCGGACAUGUAUAACUUCGGCAUGGUCCUACUCGAGAUAGCCUGUGGGCGCAGGCCUGUCGUGGCCCUUCCAAACGACACUGUGAUCCACCUGGCUCAACGGGUGUCGGAGUUGUACAGCAAGGGAAGAGGAAGAGUCCUUGACGCCGCCGACCCACGGCUGAUCGAGGAGUUCAACUUCCAGGAAAUGGAGCGCGUGAUCGUCGUCGGGCUCUGGUGCACUUCCCAUGACCGGAGCCUGAGACCUUCCAUCAGGCAGGCCAUCAGCGUGCUAAGGUUCGAGGCACCACUGCCGAGCCUCCCCACAAGGAUGCCGCCGGUUGGCCCAUCAGGCUCUCCUUUUCUUCCAUCUUUGCUUGUGUGUGAUGAUCGUAGGUACAAAACUAGCAGCGCGUACCUGAGCUAG